GUUGUAAUCGUGAUAAACCGCCGUGCAAAUAUUUUCAUCCACCACAGCAUUUGAAGGAUCAAUUAUUGAUAAAUGGACGAAACCAUCUUGCCUUGAAGAAUGCACUGAUGCAACAGAUGGGUAUGGCAACUGGACAGCAAGUCAUACCGGGACAAGUGCCAGCAGUGGCCACAAAUCCCUACUUAACUGGCAUACCAGCCAAUCCAUACCCUAGUCCAUAUUAUGCGCCUGGAACUUUAGUGCCUGCAUUACUCGGACCGGAUCACACACAAUUGGGUCAAGUGGUGCCACAAACGGUGCAAGUAGCACAACAGAAAAUCCCACGUUCCGAUCGAUUGGAGCACCAUCAUUCGACCGCCAACAUGCAGACGUCCGCUGCCGUUGUCGCCGCUGCAGCCGCAGCUGCUCAACAGCAGGCCGCCCAAGUUCAAGCCGUCCAGGGUACAUCGCAAACGAAUGCCGCCAAUGCUGCCGCCGUUGCCGCUGCUGCUGCGCUCGCCAUGGGUGCGAGCGCUGCUGGCGGCGGAGGGGGCGCUGGCGCUCAUCAUGCGCAGCAUCAUCAUCAUCAUCAGCUGGAAGUGGGCAAGAAACGUGCCGCCGCGGACAAUGACAUGUUGCAACUGAUGGAUGUUAAAACGGUUGGUUCAUUUUACUAUGAAAAUUUCGCUUUCUCCGGCAUGGUUCCGUUCAAGCGUCCCGCUGCCGAAAAAUCCGGUAUUCCAGUGUAUCAGCCCGGCGCGACCACCUACCAGCAACUCAUGCAACUGCAACAGCCGUUCGUACCAGUGUCAUGUGAGUACCAAUCUCAAAAUGGUGGGGCGCCAUUGAGCGCCACUACCAGUACUUCUACUUUGAGUACUUCUACUACUUCUACUACUACUACUACCAAUAUGAAUCCGUAUAAUGCUACUACUGCAACAGCAGCAGCACAAGCAACCGCCGCCGCCGCAGCAGCAGCCGCCAGUACAACAACAGCGGCGGCCUCAUUAUUAGGUGCUAGUAUUACAACAACACAACAACAUCACCUCCACCACCACCAACAACAACAACAACAGCUACACAACCAACACUUGCAACAGCAGCAACAACAACAACACCAGUUGCACUUAUUGCCACCACCUCCACCAUCCUCUGCAAUACCCUCAACAACAACAACCGCCACAUCCAAUUACCAUUCACACCAUCAUUACAGUAGCAAUAGCACCCUGUAUAAUAGCAACAAUAAUAUAAAUAAUAAUCAUGACAAUAGCAAUUCUAGUGCCCUAACACCCCCUACCUCAACCUCCCCUCCCUCCACAGCAAACAGCACGCACCACUACUCAUCCAUGCACACAGAAUCAUUGCAAACAACACCACCACCCCUAAAUGAAAACCGUACAGCAGCAGCAACAACAACAAAUACAGCAGCAGAUGUUAGUAGUUUGUAUGAGACAAGUAGUAGUAGCGUACACAUGCAGGCUAGUAAUAACGGUACAGAUGUGAGUAGCAAUGGCUCGUCGUCGCCACCGCCACCAGCAGUGUCCUCCUCGCCGACGGCAACAGCAGCAACAAUUUCGUCAACGUAUUUGCCAUAUGGCAAUGGCGAUAGUAACAUGGCUAGUAGCAACAACAACAACAAUAACAAUAAUGUAUUAUAUGUGAAUAAUAAUAUUUUGAGUAGUGGUAGUAAUAAGUUAGCGCCCGCCAUGACAACAACACCACCUACAGCAGCCACCGCAGCAGCAACAGCGGCAGUUGAAUGCGACAGUGAAGACAUCACUGGCGACGGCAUCAAUGCGGCUACUACGACCGCCACAUCGGCAGAUAUAGGCGCUAGCAUAACAACAACAACGACUACAACUGCUGCAACUGCCACUGCUGCUGCUGUGGGUGAACACACUAUAGACACCACAAAAACAGCAGCAACCACAUUGGCACUAACCCCACAAACGGACAAUGCUAGCACAUAUAGAAGUGAUAGAGAAGCUAGCGGGGAUAGCAGUUACAACAGCAACAAAAGCAGCAUCACUAAUAGCUAUAGCUACAGCAAGUACACGUACAAUGCUUCCGCUAACCAAUACAGCGUCGCCAAUUCGCCGGUCAAGUACACCACACACAAAGCGUCAACGGCCGCUAGUACCGCCAACGACUUGGCUUACUCCGCAUACGCCGCUUACGCUUCACAAGCACAAGCACACGCUGCACAAGCCGCACAUGCGUAUGUCACAGCCGCCUCCUCUUAUCCGUCCACCAGUCUUUCGAAUGGCGCGCACGCCGACUCGCAGUCUUACAACAGCUACAGUGGCUUGAACGGUCACGCCACCUCCACUUCAUCCACCGCCGCCACUGGCAUAUUGCCCACACCACAUUCGGUUGCCUCCACGGCUGUUUCCGCCGCCUCAGCGGUUGCCUACCAGCAUGCCCAACAACAACAGCAUCAGCAACAACAAAUGUUGCGUCUCUACAACCAGUACGCCGCGGUGCCCACAAGCGUGGCCACCUCGUACGCCAACCUCCUGGCGGCUUCUCAUGGCGGCUAUGCCACACCCACAACCACAAUGGCGCACAUGUCCGCCGCGUCCGGCAUGACUGUACCAUCGUACGCCUCAGCGUAUGGCAUUACGCCUUCAUCGGCUGCUGCCACUGGCACACUAACACCCACUUAUGCCUACAGCGCCUACGGCAGCGCUACGCCUACAGGCUAUUAUGCCGAUGCCAGCGCUCUUGCCAAGGAGGCCGCACAAAAGAACUAUAUUAAUGCGAUGAAGAUGGCCGCCGCUGCCAACGCAACGGCCUUGAGCGGCAAACCGCUUACCGCUGCUGCCGCUGCCAUGCCAACCGCAGCCAGCUAUGCCGGCCUACAAUUGGGUAAAGCCUACAUGACCGCGCUGCCAAGUAGCGCCAAUGCCAUAGCUGCCCAUCAACAACAUGCCGCGCUACUGCAGCACGCCGCACAUGCCCAACAGGCGGCACAGUCUCAGCAGUUGGCUGCCGCUCAUGCACAGCAUGCCGCUUAUGCGCAGCAGCUGCAGCGUUCAGCCCUGUCGGCGGGUUCGCUGCCCAAUUCGGGCAUGUCGACACCUGUCGGUACGCGAGUGCAUACACCCACACCAGGCACCGCAGCUGCAGCAGCCGGUGGACUACUGACACGACCUUCUUCGGCUGCUGGCGGUUAUAUUAGCGCAGCUGCGGCGCACAAUGCGCUGCGUCCUCAGGCUAUGCAGCUGGCUGCCGCACCUACAGCCGCCGCUGGUAAUCCGCAAUAUGCCGCUGCCGCCGCUGCGGCUGCAAUGCAACAGCAAGGUUUCUUUUACCCAGCUGGAAUGAUGGCUGCGCCGGCAGCCGCCGCUUAUCCAUAUGCGGCUAUUGGUGCCAUGCCUACUGGUCUACCAACGGCGGCGGGUAUGCCAGCCGCGCUACCUGGUAUGGCCGCAGCGCCGGGCAGUGCUACAGGCAGUGCCAUGGUGUUGAACCCAUACAAGAAGAUGAAGACAUCGUAAGUGUCUUCCGAGGAGGCGGAAAAGCGCAUAUGCAUCGUGAGCUUCAGAGACUUACGAAACUAACGGAUAUGACAAACUUACUUGUUAGCUGAGUCUAACAGAAAACCGGCAAGGUGCUGCGUUGCAACUUUUUAUGAGAAAAAGCUUGGCAAAAGCUUUUUGCAGCGCCUAGUCGUAGCACAUGUACUUAAAAAGUUACUUAAGCGUACUUUACGAAACGAAUAGUUGGACUUUCAAACGAAAUUUUUUUUAUAUUAAUAUUUAGUGCCUAUUUUUCGGGUAUAACCUAAAAUGACGAGCUAUCGAAAGCUUUGUACAGCCUAUGUGAUGGAAAUAAAUUAAUAGAGAUUUUAGAGAAAAACUUAACAACGACAAAAUGCCACUUGCAGUGAAUCUAUAAUUCCUGAAAAUAAAACUAAACGCCGCUAAGCUUUCGCACUAAAAAAAUGUGCUUUUAUUCCGUGCUUUUUUACUCCUUCGUCUUUUACUCCUGCUUUGCUAACAAUUUGCACUCAAAAGUGCUCAUGAGUUUCUGCCUAGCGCUGAAAGCUCUACCUUAAAAGCUUACACUGAAACA